UAAAGCUUGUUAGCCUUAACUUGCAUGCGACUCCAUUUUUCGGAAAAGACGGCUCGUUUUUCUUACCGGCAAAAAUAUCACCGAACCGGAAGAAACCGGAUUCGUUUUAUUAUACUUUUAAAAAGAAAAUGGUAUCGGAUUCGGACCUCGUGGCCCGGCUCCGAGAAAUCCUCCGGGAUUCGGACCUCGACACCGCCACCGCCGGUAGCGUAAGGAAACAACUCGAGAAAGACUUCGGCAUCGACUUAUCUGAUAGGAAAAGUUUCGUUAGGGACCAAAUCGACAUUUUCCUCGAAACCCUAAAUCAAGAUAAUGAAAAAGAAGGAGAAGAAGAACAAGCGCCGGAAUCUGAAAAUGAGGAGCUUCAAGAAGAAAACGAUGAUGAAGAAGAAGAGGAAAGCAAGGGAGGAGGAAGUCAAAAUACAAGGAGAAGUAAAUCUGAUAAGAAAGCGAAGAAAAGAGGAGGUGGUUUUCAGACAGUGUGUAGCCUUUCUCCUCAGCUUCAAAAAGUAGUAGGAGAGUCUAAAUUGGCUAGAACUGAGGUUGUAAAGAAACUUUGGGUAUAUAUCAAGGAGAAGGAUUUGCAAGACCCAAAGAACAAGCGGAAUAUUAUCUGUGAUGAAUUACUUCGUGACAUUUUUCGAGUAAAUUCUAUUAAUAUGUUCCAAAUGAAUAAAGCCCUGACCAAGCAUAUCUGGCCGUUAAGCGUAGAAGAUGAAGAUUCAAAUCAUGAGAUGGAAUGUGAAGACAACGAUGAUUCUGCAUCCAUGAAUGCUGAAAGUGCGAAGGGAGAAGUGAAAGAAGAGGAAAAGGAGAAAGAUGAUUCUGUAUCCAUGAAUGCUGAAAGUGCGAAGGGAGAAGAGAACGAAGAGGGAAAGGAAGAAGAUGACUCUGAAUCUUUAAAUGCUGAAAAUUCAAAAGAAGAGAAAGAAGAGGAAAAGGAAGGGGAGCAGGAGGAGGAGGAGGACAACGAAGAAGAAGAAGAAGAGCAAGAGGGUAAUUCACGUAGAAGCAAGAAAAAAAGGUCAUCUAAAGGAGAUAAAGAUGUGAAGAGAAGAGGUGGGUUUACUAAGUUGUGUAGUCUUUCUCCACAGCUUCAGGCAUUUAUUGGAGAAUCUGAGUUGGCCAGAACUGAGGUUGUCAAGAGAUUGUGGACCUAUAUCCGAGAGAAGAAUUUGCAAGAUCCAAAGGACAAAAGAAAUGUAUUAUGUGAUGACUCAUUGUAUGCUCUUUUUCGUGUGAAGUCCAUCAACAUGUUUCAGAUGAAUAAAGCUCUGUCUAAACACAUAUGGCCAUUAAAUGAGGAAGAAGUGACAGUUCAAGCUGACUCUGCAAAAACAGAAAGAAAAUCUAAACAAGCAAGGGAACGGGUUGCAGAUGAACCAAAACAGAAAGAAAAGAAGCAGAAGAAAGGGGCAUCUGGUUUUCUUGCUCCUCUUCCUCUUUCAGAUGCUCUAGUGAAAUUUUUUGCUACUGGUGAAAAUGCAUUAUCUCGCGCUGAUGUUGUGAAGAAAAUGUGGGAGUACAUAAAACAGAAUGAUCUACAGGAUCCAUCUGAUAAGAGGAGGAUUUUAUGCGACGAUAAGCUCAAAGAACUUUUCGAGGUGGACUCCUUCAAUGGCUUUGCUAUGACAAAGCUUCUGACCACCCAUUUCAUCAAGAUGGAACAGUGAGUCCGUUUUCUUCUGUAUAUACAAAACAUAAACAUAAAGUCCAUGAUUUAAAAAAUGGGCAAUUUUGCUUGGAGAUGAAAAAUAGGGUUAUUGCUGUUGUCUGGUAAUUGUUACUUUCUUUUUAAUUUUAUGUGCUAGAAAUGGAAAGCAGCAUCUUUGAGGAAAGUUGUUUAAAAACUUCAUGCUGUUAGCCCUCAUGAUUAUCAAAUUUUAUGCAUGCAUGUUUAAUAGGUAAAGUGUGUUUGAGACUAAA